UUCUGACCAGCGUUGAGCAGAGGCACCGGACAGAAUUUAAGGUUGCACAACGAUGUGUUACAUGACCUCAACAAGGUGUGUUUUAUAAGAAACCCUCCAGUUUAUUUAACUAACGUCGUGUUUCCGAAGAUGACCAGUUGUCCGAGAUGUCUACAACAACAGGACGAGUUUUCACCGGUCUGAUGCGAGCCUGUGUCCGUCGAGGGAUAUUUGUUCAUAACGCUGCACCGACUGCUGGCAGAGUGAACAGUGUGCGUUCCCUAGCCCUGAGCUCGCAGACGUCAGCCGAGUCCAAAGAUGGUGAUAAAGAGGUGAACAAUGAGCCCCUCAAGUUCUCCACCAGUAAAGCCAGUCAUCGAACCUGGAAAGUUGACCACGGCAUGGGGAGCCAGUACGAGCGGCCCUGGUGGAAAGUCCUCCCAGUCAGCCUGUUUUCCAUCGGCUUUCUGCUGUGGUGUGCUCUGAGAGGCCAGACGGACAUUGAUGUAACGCUUGAGAAGGAGCUUUAUGAGCAGUUACCUGGCUUGCUUUCAGAGGAGGAUGAGGAAGAUGCGGAAGAAGCUAAAGAAGUAAAUAAAGUUUAAAAAUGUGGGACUUAAGAUGUGUAUAUAUAUAGAUCACGUUGUAUUUAUUUUGAGAAGUGUUUCUGUAGUACUUCAUUGCUCAACCACUGGAGUGUAGCAGGGAAGCCGUCCAGUGCAAUGGAUCUUUUUUUUUUUUGCUCAGUAAACUUCUGAGGCCAUGCUUUGCCUUAUUUUUAAAUUUGAUUUGGAACAUAUGGAUUAAAAUGUAUUUAAAACCACUGAAUCAGGUUUUGGCUGGUCUUUCUAUCAAUGCACACCAUUUAUUGCAGUGUAUCCAUUGGCAUUUUGACCAUACAAGAGAUUUAGAGAAGUUAUUCUUGACCCUGUCAGAAGCAUCUGUCACCUUGAUUUUUUUUAUUUUACAAACUUCUUUGAC